UAUUCUUUUCCCCCCUUAAUAUGUUUAACUACAACAAUUAACAAUCUCCUUAGCUAGGGCACUCUAAUUAUCUUUAAUUAGUAUAGUGUAAAGCAAUCAUUAAUCAAAGCAUAAUCACGUACAAAAAUGGUUAAGCUAACAAUAAUUGGAAGGAUUAGAGAUGGUAUGCCAUUAGCACAAGGUCUAAGGUAUGUCAAUGAAGAUUACAACAACAUACCAUUGUACAAGCAACAAGCUGAAUUCAUUCUCAAAGAAAUCUCAAGAGGUUCAUUAGAAUUUAAUCAUCCAAAGAUGACGAUUCGCCUCGAUCAUCAGCAUUCUUUCAAUUGUUUGGUUGCUUGUGGUGUUUGCUUCAUCACAUUGUGUGACUCUACAUACCCGAGGACAUUAGCUUUCCAUUACCUUGAUGAUUUGAGGCAAGAGUUGGAGAAAUUUCAAAGUGAUGAUCAACUUGUUGAAAAAGUUACAAGACCAUAUAGUUUUGUCAAGUUUGAUAGUGUGAUUAGCAACAUUAGGAAACAAUAUGUUGACACAAGAACACAAGCUAAUCUAAGGAAGUUGAAUGCCAAUCGUGGACAAGAGUUGGAUAUCAAAAUAGAAACCAUGUGUUCAAUUAUAGAAAAUCGAAAGCAAUUAGAUUAUAUGGAGAGAGUUGUGAUGGCUCCUCAAAUAGUUUCACCAAUAUGGGGUUCUCGGCGUCUCGAGAUUAUCGCGUUGAAAUGGACACCAAUUGGCAUUUCAAUUAGUGUCGUGGUCACUCUUCUGUUAUGGGCGUCCUUAAUCAUGGCAGAUUACGUUGUCUUGUGCUCGUGACAUACGCCGCAUAAAGUGGCACUAGACUGGGCCGACCCAAGACAUGCUACGGGCCGUAAGGCCCAACACAAAGGAAAGAGCACAGGGCCAAAUAAGGGCUGGAAAAGGCGCGGCACGUCACUAGCACGAAGUUGUGGGCCAUAGGCUGAUCUUGGGCCUUUUCUUUUUUGAAAAAAGCACGACAAAUUGCCAUAAAACCUAGGUGAAGAUCGAAGCGCCACUAAAAUUUGAAAUAAUAGUCCAUUAUAUUUGUUUCAUGCAUCAUGACUUCCGUUUCGUCCCCGACUUCAAAAAUCUUAUACGUUAUAACCAGUGACAAAUCCAAGAAUUUAGAAACAUAGGAGGUACAAUAAAAACAAUCAAAGUUGGUAUUCGUUGGAUUAGUGGCCCAACUUUAUUAAGCCCAAUUUAAACGUUUUUUUUUUUUAAAAGAUACUACCUCCGUUUCUGAAAGUUCUUUACGCUUUGGAAAAUGUGUCCAAAGUAUAAAAACUUUGACCGUAAAUUCUCAUUGUUAUAUACAUCAAAAUGUUACAUAUAAGAUCUUGUCAGAUUGGUCUCGGUAUGUAUUUUCAGAAUAUCAAAUUUUAUAAUUUUUUCACAUACGAAA